AUGGCGAGCGACGGACAGAAAGUAGUAUUGAUCACCGGUUGUUCCUCUGGGAUCGGAUUACGGAUUGCCGUCAUGCUUGCAAAAGAUGAGAAAAAGCGUUACCAUGUGAUCGCCACCAUGAGAGAUCUGAGGAAGAAGGAUAAGCUCUUGGAGGCGGCUGGCGACACCUACGGGAAGACGCUGACCCUGCAGACGCUGGACGUGUGCAGCGACGAGUCCGUCAAACAGUGCAUCGCCAGCAUCAAGGACCGGCGCGUGGACGUGCUGAUUAACAACGCAGGAAUAGGUCUGGUGGGACCGGUGGAGAGCAUCAGCAUGGACGAGAUGAGGAAGGUGUUCGAGACCAACUUCUUCGGCGUGGUGCGCAUGAUCAAGGAGGUGAUGCCAGACAUGAAGAAGAGGAGGGGAGGCCACAUCAUCGUCGUCAGCAGUGUGAUGGGCCUUCAGGGUGUGGUGUUCAACGACGUCUACGCGGCCUCGAAGUUUGCCAUGGAGGGCUUCUGCGAGAGCCUGGCGGUACAGCUGCUCAAGUUCAACGUCACCUUGUCCAUGGUUGAGCCGGGGCCCGUGCACACGGAGUUCGAGGCGAAGAUGGUGGAGGACGUCUCGAAGAAGGAGUUCCCGGGGGCGGACCCGGACACCGUUCACUACUUCAAGAACGUCUACCUGCCCUCCUCCGUCGACAUCUUCGAAGCCCUGGGCCAGACUCCCGAUGACAUCGCCAGGUGCACUAAGAAGGUUAUCGAGUCCAGUCGGCCGCGGUUCCGGAACAUGACCAACCCCCUGUACACGCCCAUCGUGGCCCUGAAGUACGCGGACGAGACGGGUGGGCUGUCAGUCCACGCCUUUUACAACCUCCUCUUCAACCUGGGACCCCUCAUGCACGUCAGCAUGAACAUGCUCAAGUGUCUGACCUGCGGCUGUCUGCGCAGCCGCACCAUCUCCCCUGACUGAAGGGGCCACCGCUGAGUCGGGGACACGUCACAUACACCUACACACAUGCGCACAUACACACCUACCCACACAUCCGCACAGGCACG